AUGCCACAUGCAGUGCAUAAAUCAAAGAGGCCAAGUGGAUGCCAGCAAAGAAAAGCAAAAGAGGCAAGAACUAAAUCAAUCAAAACACUUGCUGGAUCCAUGCUUCAGUAUGUUAAAAGACCAGAUGAUGGCCAGGGUUCAUCUAAAGACACUGCUUGUCAGUCUCCGAUUGAUAUAGCUGAUUCUUCGGAUGCCAUUGCUAGCAUGCAUUCUGCAGAAGAGCAAGAAGUGGAAAUGGCAGAAUCUGAAGUAGAAGAGCAAGGAGCAGAAAUUGCAGAAUCUGAAGCAGAAGAGAGUGCUGAAAGUGACUCUAGCCAUAGCCAUGAUACUGUAAAAGAGAUGAUUGCCAUUAAGGAGAAAGAUUUUCAAAUUUUAAGUGAUGUUUCUUUCUGGGAGAUACCAGUUCCAGACCAUUUUCGGGUUGAAAUCAUCAAAAAGGGAAGUGCUUCUUUUCAGAAUAAAGAUGGUCCUUUCAGUGUUGUGAAAAGGCCAGAUGCAAAAGCUGAAAUAAAGGGAGCUGUGCGCCAACUUUCAAAAGAGCGGUUUUACAAGAUGAUGCCUAAUGGCGAGAAAAUUCUGCGAUCUUGGAUGGUUUACUCACCUGUCAGUGAGAAUUUAUACUGUUUUUGCUGCCGACUGUUUGCCAUUAGUGCUACAGAUACCAUAUCCAAAUUUGUGACUGGGUUUCAGAAGUGGUGGAAACUGAACCCGAAAGUACAUAAUCACGAGACAUCUGAAGAUCACCUACGUUGCCUUGAAAAUUGGAAAACUUUGGCAGCAGGACUGAAAAUGCACAAAACCAUUGAUGCCGAAAAUAUUGCCUUGAUGGAAAUUGAGAAGAAAAAGUGUAGGGACAUCUUGCACAGAUUGCUUGACAUCACAUUGUUUCUUGCCAAACAGAAUCUGGCAUUCCGUGGCCACAAGGAAGAUGAAUCUUCAUUCAAUAAAGGGAACUUUCUUGAGAUGGUUGAGAUGCUUUCAAAAUAUGAUUCAGUACUGAAAGAGCACCUAAUUAGAUUAAAGCGGAGCACAUGUAAACUUAAAGUAUCGGUUUCAUAUCUUGCACCAAAAACUCAGAAUGAGUUUAUAAGUGUCCUGGCAAAUCAUGUGAAGGAGAAGCUUGUCAUGGAGAUAAAGUCUGCAAAGUACUUUGGGAUCAUGUUUGACAGCACACCUGACAUAUCCCAUACUGACCAGAUGUCAGAAGUGAUCAGAUAUGUAAAAAUCAGCAAUAGGAAAGUUGAAGUAAAAGAAGUAUUUCUAGGAUUUUUCCCUUUAAAGGGGAAAAAAGCUGCUGACCUCAGUUCUGAAAUUCUCAAAAAAAUGGAAAGUGAUGGAUUGGACAUAAUGAUGUGCCGCGCUCAGGGCUAUGAUAAUGCUGCCACUAUGGCUGGAAAACAUGGAGGUGUACAGUCAAUUCUUAAGGAAAAGAACAAAAAAGCUAUUUUUAAUGGAUGUGUGGACCAUUCACUUAACUUGUGCGGGCAGCACUCUUUUGCUGAAAAUGCAUCAUGUGUGACAUUUUUUGGAACUCUUCAGACAAUGUUUUCUUUCUUUUCUGCUUCCACCCAUCGAUGGGAUGUAUUAAUUGACCAUACUGGAAUGUCAGUGAAAAGGCUAUCAACAACACGCUGGAGUGCUCAUCAUGCUGCAGUUAAGCCAGUAAAAGAAAAAUUUGAUAAGUUUGUAGAGGCGAUUGGAGAUCUUUGUGAUCCAGAUGAAAAUUUGGAGACAAGAGGAGCAGCACAAGUUCUUUUGAAUGCUCUCUCUGAUUUCACUUUUCUGUGCUACCUGUACUUCUGGUCUGAUGUACUUCAGGAAGUUAAUGAUGCACAGCAGUACCUGCAGACUAAGGGCUUAAGUCUCGACAAAGUGGUGACAAAGCUAGAGACGCUAAGACUUUUUCUGUACGAGGAACGUAUUCGCCUAGUGGAAAAUGCAAUUGAACAGGCUCUUUUAAAAUCUGAGGAAUAUGGAAUUGCAGUAGAGAGAAGAGCCAGGUUCAAGAAGAGGAUGCCAGGGGAGCAGGCAAGAGAUGCUGGACUCAGUCUGCAAGAAGAAAAUAAGAGGGGGAUGCUUGAGUGCAUUGAUCGCUUUCAUUCUGAAAUCCAAAACAGAUCAAGAGCCAUCAUGGAAGUAGCAGGCAUGUUUGAGGCAGUUCAAGCUAAGAGUCUCAUAUCUGCCACUGAAGAAGAAUUAAAGGUGUCCAUUCCAAAACUGUCCAAUUUCUAUGAUGAGGUAUCUGAGAGUGAGCUUUUCCUUGAAAUACCAAGGCUGAGAAGGCACCUGAAAGCAGCACAGAUUGAUCUGGAAGAAGUCAAAGACUGGGCAACAUUAGAAGUUUUGACAUUUAUAGCUAAAUGGGACUUCAUAGAAUCUCUUCCAACCCUGUCACUGAGCCUAAAAUUAUUUCUGACAAUCUGUGUGUCUGUGGCUUCAUGUGAGAGGAGCUUUUCAAAGCUUAAACUUAUUAAGAAUUAUCUGCGAUCUACAAUGGGACAGUCAAGGCUUUCUGAUCUUUCGAUAUUAUCCAUUGAAAGUGAUUUAGCGAAAGACAUUGAUUUCCAUGAAGUGAUUAACAAUUUUGCAGCUUUGAAGGCCAGGAAAGCAAAGUUCUAA